GUGGUAUGGAGGGAAGCAAUUUCAAAUGAAUUAUUGAAGAUCAAUAAAGUCAUAAAUGGUGGGUAUGGCAUCAUCUAUCCAAAUCAAAGUAUCAAACCCAGUAUGUAAAUAAUCCAAAAAAUGAAAAAGAGAAAGAAAAAAAAUUAAAUUUUGCUGUCGUAUGAUUACCCCACCACCAUUAAACGGCAAUCCCCAAAUAUUCUAGAUUUCUCAUAAAUCAUAAUCCCCUCCAAAAAUACCCACUUUUAUCAACCCUUCCUAAGUUCUCAUCUCGUUUGGAUCUCCCUCAGUUUUACAUGAAGACGGUUAGGGUUUUAGUUUCCGAGGCUUCUUGGAUCUCUCUCUUUUCCUUUGAUGGGUUAGUAGACUGAAAGGUGAGACUGAAGUGUUCAAGGGUUUUGUUGAUGAGUAAUCUGGAAUUGAAUGUGAGCUCCAUUUAGGGUCCUGAUCAGUGGGUUUUAACUUUCAUUUAUGAUGAUUGUAUAAAUUUGGAGUUUAAUGUGUAAUCCUCUUUGAAAAAUCACUGAAAUUUGGCUUAAUUUAUGUUUAGUUUAUUUGUAUAAUGCUGAGAAAGUUGGGGUUAGGGUUUAUAUCAGUUAAUUGAUCUGGCUUCUCUGGAAUCAUGCUUUGAUGGGUUCUUGUAGUUUAUUUGUAUAAUGUUGUGAAAGUUGAAGUUAGGGUUUUUAUCGGUUGAUUGAUUCGACUUCUCUGGAACCAUACUUCGAUGUAUUGGGGUUAGCUUUCAUUGUUGAGAUAAAUUGAAGCUUGUUAUUGUGUUGAAGUCUUGAAGGGAGAAAUCAAUUUAAGGUGUUCAAUGGGAUCUAGUUUCUUCCUUAUCUGUAUUCUCCAUUCUGUGGUAGCUCUGACUUCUGGAGCUCUGAUGAUGUUCAAUACCAAUGAUGUUUUUGUUUUUGGCCAUGCCAUUGAAAAUGAGAGUAAGCUUUUGGGGUCAACGCCUCAUGAUCAGCUCCUGAUUCAGACCUCGGAUUCAUUUUCCGGGUUGCUUUUGUUUGCAAUUGGUUUUCUUCUCUUCAUGGUGGCAUUUGUCAAGGACAGAGAGUUCCAGAGCUUCUUUGCUAAGGGUUGUGUAAUUAUUCAUGUUGCCAUGGCAAUUUGGAGGGUUUACUUUGAGAGGAAGCUUGGAGAUCUUGCCCAUGAUUGGUUGAGGCAGGUUGCUGGAGACAUUGCCUUGGCCCUUUCAUGGGUUUUUGUUCUUGUGUACUCGUGGAGAGAGAAGUAUGAUUAAUCAAAUAGCUGAACUGCAAUGUAUCUGUAAUCCUUAAGUUUUAGCUAGCUGAGUGACAUUUCUAAAUGGAAUUGUAUCUGGAGACAUUGGAUGAAACUGAUUUAGGACAGCUUUAAAUUUGGUGUUGGAGUGGUUUCUGCUCCACUAUGUUGAAUUCUGCUGGGUGCUGAAUUGAAAGAGAGGCGAAAACAAAGCAUGGAUAAAAUCCUUGGUUUGUGGGUUUGUUUGAAUAUUGUUUAACAUCUUGCAUGUUCUUCUUUGCGAAAAAAAAAUGAAGACUGCGCAGCUGGAAUCAGGGUUAGCAUGUUUCUUGAAUUUUAGCUAGAUUAUGGGAGAUAAGUGUAGCUGCUUUUCAUGUUGUGAAUGGAACAUAUUGCUUCUGUUGCCUUUGUAUAAUUGUUUCCUUGUAAGUUUCCUUCAAAUUAAAUGGACAAUAUGGUCCUUGACCUCUGCUGUUAGCUCUUA